CGGAGAACAGUGGUGGGGAGGCAAACCAUUGUACAUUCAGGCAUGAGGAAUGAUCACUGUUUGGAGAGAAUUUUUGUCUUUAGUUCACUUAGGCAGUUUUUUUAAGCCCUGUCUUGCUGGUGAUGGAACACUUAUCUCAUUGGGGUUUGCUCUGUUCAUUCUACGCAGAAAACUACAAAGAGCUCCAUAAAAGUGAAUCAAAGUUACCACAAGGAAAAAUUUCAUUACAUGGAUUGUGUAAACUCACUGAGACUGAGGUAAAGCUGGAAAGAAAUCUACAAGUGAAUAAAACAAGAAGUUUGGAAUUGGAUUUGGGGAAUCUGGGCUUGGAAAUGCCUCAGCCCAGUGUGAGUGGAAUGGACCCUCCUUUUGGAGAUGCCUUUCGGAGCCAUGUGUUUUCAGAACAGACUCUGAUGAGCACAGAUCUCUUGGCAAGCAGUUCAGAUCCAGACUUCAUGUAUGAACUGGACAGAGAAAUGGAUUACCAGCAAAGCUCCAGGGACAACUUACUUUCAAUGGAGGACUGCAAAGACCUUGAGAACUUAGAGUCUUUUACAGACAUCCUGGACAAAGAAGCUGCUUUCACCUCAAAGUGGGAGCAGUGGGACACGUACUGUGAAGACUUAACUAAAUACACUAAACUAACCAGCUGUGACAUUUGGGGAACAAAAGAGGUGGAUUAUUUGGGCCUUGAUGACUUUUCAAGCCCAUACCAAGAUGAAGAGGUGAUAAGCAAAACACCGACUCUGGCUCAGCUUAACAGUGAGGACUCCCAACCUGUUUCAGAUUCACUCUAUUAUCCUGAUUCACUCUUUAGUGUAAAACAAAACCCUUUAAAUUCUCUGUUACCUGGAAAAAAAAUUGCUAGUAGAGCAGCGGCCCCAGUCUGUUCCUCCAAGAACGUUCAGGCUGAGGCUCCUUUGUCGGACUAUGUUCAGAAGGCUAGCAAACCCGCGACACAGCCUGCUUCCAGUACACAAAUCAUGGUGAAGACCAGUGUGUACAAUAAUGAAAAGGUGAACAUUCAUGUUGAAUGUAAAGACUAUGUUAAAAAGGCAAAAGUAAAAAUCAAUCCUGUACCACAGAGCAGACCAGUGCUGAGCCAGACACAUGCAGACGCAGCAAAGGAAAACACCUGUUACUGUGGUGCUGUAGCAAAGAGACAAGAAAUAAAAGAGCCCUCGCACAGUCACUGUACGCCUCCUAUUUUGCCUUUUAAAGAGACUCAAGAACUGCUCCUCAGAGCACCCCAGGAAACUCCAGGACUUGUUGUGGGGGAGAGCAGCCUUUCUGCCAGCACAUCAGUGUCAGAUUCAUCACAGAAAAAAGAAGAGCACAAUUAUUCUCUUUUUGUAACAGACAGUGUGGGUGAGCAGUCGGCCAAAGGAGACCCUGAAGAAGAUGAGGAGGAUGAGGAAGAUAUUGAAGAUGAGGAUCAUGAUGAAGGAUUUGGCAGUGAGCAUGAGCUAUCUGAAAACGAUGAUGAGGAAGAAGAUUAUGAGGAUGAUAAAGAUGAUGACAUCAGCGAUACUUUCUCAGAACCAGGGUAUGAAAAUGAUUCUGUGGAGGACUUAAAAGAAAUGAGUGCAAUAACCUCUCGAAAAAGAGGCAAGCGAAGAUACUUCUGGGAGUACAGCGAGCAGCUGACGCCAUCCCAGCAGGAAAGGAUGCUGCGGCCAUCGGAGUGGGACCGAGAUACAUUACCAAGUAACAUGUACCAGAAGAACGGUCUGCACCAUGGUAAAUACGCAGCAAAGAAGUCACGGAGGACUGAUGUAGAAGACCUGACUCCCAACCCCAAAAAACUUCUGCAGAUUGGUAAUGAGCUGCGGAAGCUGAAUAAGGUGAUCAGUGACCUGACGCCAGUCAGCGAACUUCCCUUAACUGCCAGACCAAGGUCAAGAAAAGAAAAGAACAAGCUGGCUUCCAGGGCUUGUAGACUAAAGAAGAAAGCCCAGUAUGAAGCCAAUAAAGUAAAACUCUGGGGUCUCAACACAGAAUAUGAUAAUUUGCUGUUUGUGAUCAACUCCAUUAAACAAGAAAUUGUUAAUCGAGUGCAGAUGCCUAAAGAUGAUAGAGGAGUCAACAUGGAACAAAGGUUGAACAUACUUAUUAAAGAUACUCUUGGACUUCCUGUAGCUGGACAGACAUCAGAAUUUGUGAAUCAAGUGUUGGAGAAGACUGCAGAAGGAGACCCCACAGGUGGCCUUGUAGGAUUACGAAUACCAAUGUCAAAAGUUUAAGACAUGACUUCACCUGUUCUCAUUGCUCACAUUCUUCCUGUGUCGUCAAGUACUUCACUGUAAAUUGCAUUCUGGUCUGCAUGUCAGUUUAGCAUUAUGUAAACACUUACAAUUAGGUUCCAUUAUUUUUAAACAACAGCGUAGAAAACAAAAAUCAAAGCAUGGAAUAAAAUGCCUAGUAGCAUUUUUGGAGCAUAAAUUAGGUAGUUCUAAAGCUGCUUUGAGAUUGCAUUCAGAGAGGAGGGUUCUUUUUAAAACUAAGUUCUAGGACCAGACUUACCACUUUUGUUUUAGAAGCAAAACCAUAUUUUUGCUCGUAAAAUUUUUUUAGCCUAUGCCAGACGUAGCAGCAGGUUUAUGCUCCUAGCAAAACAAGAGGAAGCAUUUUUUUUAUAAAGGUGACAAUUCAGUUCUUUUGUUGUUGUUGUUUUUGUAUUUGUUCUCGUUUGCUGUUUUGAAAUAAUUGGAUUUCCUUUGUUCUUAAAAACAGUAAGCUUUCUUUGCAACCAUUAACUUGUACAUAGCACACGUGGCUUCAGAGCUGGUGUGCCAUAUAAACUUUAAUUUUUCUGAGCUUAAUGUAGUAUUUAAAUGUCUGUGCAAGCAGGAGAAAAAAAAGUAUAUUCUUUGUGCCUUGUAUUUUGAGGGGAGAGCUAUCAGUGUAAGCUGGUAAAGUUUUGUAUGAAGAAAACCCUGAGGGGAAAAAAACCAAGAUGUACAGAUGGUGAGAUUAUAGGUUUUAAUGUAUUUGUUCCAGCUCUUAAAAUUUUUGAAUGUAUAUAGGAAUAUGUUGAAAAUGUAGAUAUAUGCCACAGAGUCUAUGUAUUGUAUAAAAGAUGGCUCUAGAAAACUCAAUUUCGGUACUUUGGCCGGAAGAAAACCUAUACUUGCACAUUAAUGCGAUUGUUUAUUUUUGUACCAAAGACAAAUGCAACUGAUAUGGCGAACUGCCAGUCUAAGUAAAGUUUUGCACAGCUUAUAUGAUACUGUACUGAAUGUAAAAACAAAAGAAAAAAAAACAAAAAAAAAACAGAAAAAAAAAAAACCUACAAGGUCAGGGUUAGGGAUCUUACUGAACUGUGAAUUUUUUCGUUUGGGUCCAAUUAUCUACAGAAGGAGCAUCCAUACAUAACGAUCUUAUUUUGCUGUUCUCGUAGUUCGCUUCCAUGGUAGAUAAGUUGGUGGCCGUCUCCGAGUCUUUAAAUCUUUUUUCUCUGCACUUACUGUAGGAGAUUUUAAUAUAUUUGGAUUUUAGUAAGCUAUUGGUAAAAUAGUUUUCAACUUUGAGAAUUUAAAGAAAUAUUUAGCUUGUUGUAGUAUACUUCCAACAAACAACCAAAAUAAAAUUAUUUUUAUUGUAAUGUGUAUAUAUGUAAAGAGAUAAAAGAGCUACAGAUAUCUAAUUCCUUAGUUGCCACUUUUCCAGUUGAUGUAUUAUUAUGCAUGUGAUGUUUCCAAGGAUCAACACAGGCUUCAAACAAAACAAGACAAAAAAAAAAAAAAAAAAAAAAAAGUUUAUAGACUUUUAUAUUUUUGUACAGGUAUUUCAAAACUAGCUUCUUCAAACUUAUAUGUGACUUAUUCUUGUUAAUUCAGUAGUUUCUAUGAUUGGGAAAUAUUAACACAGUUCUUAUUUGCUCUUGUGCUAAUAAGAGUUGGCUUUGUAGUCAGUGUUAACGUACAGAUAAAAAGCUUUAGCCCUUGAUGAAAGUCCUUUAUCUCAAGGCAAGAUCAUUCUCUGGUUUCAUGGACCCCCUUUUCCUCCCCGUUCUUUCUCUCCCUAUUUAAAAUGACAGAACACUGUUUACUGAAAAUAGAAAUACCAAAUAUUUUCAAAUGUAGCUGCUGAAAAAAAUGCAAAGUCCAUGAAGGCUUUCUCCCCACUCCCUUUGGGGAAUCUCUCCACUUCGUAUCUACUUUGUCUGUGUUUGUACUGUGAUUCCUUUUUGUUUAUAUGUAGGUUAUUUUUAUAUCCAAGCUUGUAAGCUUGUACUAUAAAGAAGUCUGUAAUAGUGCAGUGAGAGUUGCAGAUGAAGGUGGCACUCCUGCCACAUGCUGGUGAGUGUGCACACAGCUUACUUUGUAUCUAAAUAUUUUGGAAGACUCAGAAGGGAGGAGGAGGCCAAAAUACCACUACUGAGCUGUACAGAAAGUUUUUCCUUCACGAGACUGAACAAAUACCCAGAGCAAUUUAGGCAAAACUUUGUAAAUCCACGUAAGAUUUGCAAAAUCAGAGUGGACUUUGGGUGUUCUUCUUGCUCUCGCGGUGAGGUGAGAGUCGGCUGCUGCUUUACACAGUGGGUUAGAUGUACUCCUAUCGUAAGCAUUGCCAAUGUUACACUUAUUCCAGAGAUGCAUACUGCCCAUAAAACCCCGACAAAGAAUGUUUCUAGUGAAGAUAAGGCCCCGUCUGUGCAAAGAUCCGAACAGAGUCGUUCCCUUCUGACGCGCAGCUGCGGCAGCUGAGCUCCUUCUGCUCUAUCAGAACCACGUAGGCGAGGCGGCGUUUCUGAGCGUUACGAGCAGUUUUGCAAUCAGGUGAAAACUUUUGUGACAAAUUGAACUGACAAGGUAUCAGAAAGCCCCUGCUGCUCAGAAGUGCUGGGCAAAUAGAACUUUAUAGCUCUUUAUUUUUAUCUGCAAACCAGAAUAUGAUUUUGGUCUAGCAUUUCAAAGUAGACUUUGAAUCUUUAGUGAAUUCCAUACCCUUGCAUUUCAGUGUUUUCUAUGUAUUAUUUUAAGUUAAAGCUUUUGAAUAGUUGAGCUUUUUAAUGUUGACACUUUAUUUUGUACCUAUUUAUAUGUAUGUAUAUCUUAGAAAAGCACUUUGUUUAAAAAGGAAAAAAAAAAAAAAAAAGAAA